GAGGUGGCAGAUUUCAGUAAGUUCAAGGCCAGCCUAAUCUCCAUAGUUAGUACCAGGACAGCUGUCUAAAAUAUAAAAAUAGAUCAUUGCCCUUCAUUCAUUCUCUGCAGUAUGGGAAAUAGGUGUUUCUUACCCUGUUUUAUAGUGGUCUCCUUGUUUUUUUAUCCUUUUCUAAAAAUCAUGUCUAAGUAGGCCUGUCUAAGUAGAAAGCCAUCACUGUGCAGUUUGCCAGUCUCAGUCAUCAGGCAUUUGAAAACUAAGUUAAUUUGCAUGUUGUGUACAGAAGAUAGCCAUGUGCCUUUUAAGGAUCUCAGCAACUGGGUUUUACGUUUUGUUUUUGUUUUAAGACAAGGUUUCUCUCUUUUGUCCUAUCUACAUGGAACUCACCCUGUAGACCAUGCUAUAUUUGAACUCAGAGAUCCACUUCUCUGGUGCUGGGAUUAAAAACCUUCUCCACUAUGCCCAGCUCACUUUGUGUCUUAAGUUUCUUUGUGUCAGCAGUGGCCAACUCCCACUGCACUUCUCUUUGGGGUUCAACUCAGCUCUACCACCAUUUGGCAAUGUUCUAUGUGAACACCAUUGGAAGAGUUACCUAGAGAUAAAUGAGCCCAGUAAAAUCAAACUUGCAAGCUCAUUUUUAUUACAUGAAUUUUGUGGCCAGCUAUAGAAUUAGCAUUUAAUUAGCAUUUAAGUGUUAGAUUAUAUGUAAGAUGCAGAAGGUUUUAGAAGCAUGGUAUUACAGGUUUCUUCUUUGCUUGUAGUAAGGGCUAGUGUGGUAAGAACUAGGUUCAGUUUUCCUGGACCUUCCUGGUCUAUCAAAUAAAUGUUAGUCUCAUUUUAAGAGAAAACUAAAUAUAGGAGAGUUACAAAGGAAAAAAAAAACCAAAUUGUUUUCUAGAUAUACUCAUGCAUUAUGUCUUUCUUUAUUUUGUUGGAGAUAAAAGUCUCACUAUAGCCCAGACCAUCCUAGAAUUUACUUUAUGGCCUAGAAUGGCCUUGAACUUCUACUUUAGCUUUUCAAAUGCUGCGAUUACAAGUUAAACGACCAUUCCUGGCUUUAUAUUAUAUCUUGGUAAUUAGAUACUGAAUUAUUAAAUUUACAAAUAGUACCUAGAAGUGUCCCUUACCUCACCAGAAUAAAGAGAUACUUAAUUUUUUUUCCUUGUAGCAUAUUUUUUCACUGGCAAGCAUAAGUAAACUUAAAAAUAUAGCAACUGUUCUGUAUAGUAAAAUAAAUUCUACAGAGAUUAGCUAUGAUCCAAAGAAAUUAUAGGCCACCAAAAUCAUGACACCACAAAAUUAAAUUGCAGAUCUUUUCCACUUAGUGAUAGGUAUUUUGCUUACCUGAGAAUGCACACUGCAGUUUGUUGAGGGUCUUUAAAAAAAUGAUCUAUACAGCCAGUACUGGUGGUAUACAAGUUUAAUCCCAGCACUCAGGAGGCGAAGGCAGGCAGAUCUCUUGAGUUCAAGGGCAGCCUGGUUGGUCUAAAUGAGUGUGUCCAGAACAGCCAGGGCUUUGUUACACAGAGAAACCCUGCCUGGGGUAUGGGGGUGGGAGGGGAGAAAAGAAAACAAAAAAGUGAUCCAUACAAAGUCAGACAUCAUGAGUCCAUGGUUUUAUGAUUUUUUUUAUGAAUAGUAAUGUGGAUGUUCACAUGAAACUUCUAAUCUGGUCUGGCAAUAAAUACAUUUUUAUUUUAAGGGUUUUGAUGGUGAUCAGUUGAAUUCUGUGAUGAGGCACAAUGAUAGAAAAUUCUUGCCAUGAGGAAGAUCCUGGCUCAACUGUCAGCCCAGCAAUGAAGGGGUAGAUGAGGGACAACUACAGAGUAUGUGCCCUACAGCAGUGUUAUCCAGUAAGACAGGAUCUUGAGCUCAGUCUGUGUCCAACUCCCUUCUACUGGAUUUAUAGACUUCCAAGUGGCAGUCUAACACUGAGAAAAGUUGGAGCAGGAAGUAAGCAGGGCAGAAUCCUGAAGGCAGGAGCUGAAGUAGAAGCCACAGAAGAAAUAUGUAGCCUUGGCUGUCCUGGAAUUCACUCUGUAGACCAGGCUGGACCUGAAAUCAGAGAUCGGCUUGCAUCUGCCUCCUAGUGAUGGGAUUAUAGAUCUUCCUCAGAACUGUGAUCCUAACAUUCCCUUAGUUGCUCAGGAAUUAAUGAAAAAGAUGAUACGUCAGUUUGCAAUUGAGUACAUCUCAAAAAGCGGUAAAAUUCAAGAAAAUAGAAAUGGUUCAAUUGGAGCAAGUCUCGUAUGUAAAAGUAUCCAGAUGAACCAAGCAGACAACUGCCUUCAGGAUGAACAAGAAGGCCCCUUAGACCUCACUGUGACUCGAAUGCAAGAGCAAACUGCUCAGCAAGGGGAUGGAGUGUUAGAUCUCUCUACAAAGAAAACCAGCAUAAAAUCUGAAGAGUCAUCCAUAUGUGAUCCUUCUUCUGAAAAUGCAGUGGCUGGUUCAACUGUUGAUGCAAAAUCAGAGGAAGCUACUAAAAUGGAAAAAGGAAAAUCAGCAUUAAGCAAAGUUUUGGAAUCUUUGUGCAUACAUCACCAUCAACAAGUUUUGGCUAUGUUGAAAUUUCUAGUCCAAGAGCAGAAUGCUACUUCUCUUUGCUGUUGUAAUUCAUCAUGUGCUAUGUCUUCAGAAUCUCAAAAGCCCCUAUUGGAGGAUGAUUUUCAUGGUCUGUUUUGUAGCUGUGAAUAUAGACUGGCAGAAAGAGGGUGUUUACACAAUGAGAGCCCUGGUCUAAUGCCUCUGCCACUCUGUAUUAAAGAAAUACAUUGUUUGUCUUGUCAAACUGUAACUGUUGAACACAUUAAGACAGUAAUGAAUAGAGGAAUUGAAAACAGUUCUAAUCCACACAGGUGCUGUUGUGGACAGUUAGCAAAGACUCAAUCUACAAAACAAGCCUGUCACAGUCCUCCUUUGUCAAGGGAAGUUUGUGAUCUUUCAGUCACUCUCGAAGAUGCCUGCAGAUCUCGAAGUCCCUCACCCCCACCAUUAUCACCUGUGGAGACUGGAGGACUGGAAAAAUGGAAAGACAUCGUCUCAGAGCUUUCAGCUGUAGAAAAUAACAAACUUGAAACAAGCAUUAACCAGCCUCCAUCUCUUACACCAGCAGAGAUAAGCACUCACAAAUGUGGCCACGACAGCAAAAUACAGAAAACUAAGAAGUCUAGUAGCUUGGAGUCUGUGCUCUUGGGUGCCAGCAGUAGUUACCCUACAAAUCAUGAAAAGGGUGAAACAGCUGUAAUUUUUCAAGACUUAAUGGACCGUAUUAAUGAAAAAUUAAAAUCAAUAGAAACCACAGAUAUAUCAAACCUCAUAAAAUUAUCUAGUACUGAUUGUGAUUCAGACAAUGAUUUUAAAUUGGGAGAUUUAAUAACAUCUCUCUUGCACAGUGCAACAGCCAAUGAUUAUAGUUUUAUGGAAUUGCUGAGUCAACAUGAUAAAAAGGUAGAAAAUAAAAUUAUUCAGACAAGGUUUCGAAAACGUCAACAAACAUUACUUGCAAUGCACAACUCUCCUGAUUCACCUGUGAUCAGAAGGCAAUCUUUACAGAUAAAAAGGGAACUUGCCAGUUUUGAUGAAAACUUUCUGAGAAAAAGGUACAGUGAAAAAAAUUCAAGAAAAUUGUCAUACAAUGAUAAGAUGCUCUCAGUGAACAAAGAAUUCCAGCCUUGUCAAGAGCCUUUAAAAAAUUCUAAAAGCUUUCAAAAUGAAAAUCAUGAAGAAACAUUGUUUACACCAAAUGAGGUAGCACCAUCAUUUCAGGCACCUCUUGGGAGUUUAGAAACUAACGUGGCUCUUGAUCAAUUUUCAGAAAAUUUUAAAGCAACUUCUUUUGAGAAAAUGAGCCAGAGAAAAUCACAGGAGAGGUCUACAGCUGAGAAACUAACUGCACAAAAUAAUAGCGAAAAUACCAAACUAGAAAAUACUCCAACACUUUUGAGAACUGAUGUUCCUCUUUUGAGCAGAACUAAACGAAAUAUUGUGCCUCCCGGGUGGUAUUCUAUAUAUGUAACAAAUGAUUCUGUUUCAAAAAAAUUCCUUGAGGGCAAAAGAGUAUUGGACUCUGCACACAGAAAAGAUCCAGUCAGAGAUCCAACUGAAAGUUUUCAAAAUAUAGACUUAAAUAAAAUUGCAAUGAAUUCUACUUUGCAAGUUGUUGUGGAACGUUUAGAAGACACAAUAAAUAUGGCUCAAAGAUCUUGGACUAGUCAGGAACUAUCUGAAGGAUGUCAAGCAUCCAAGAAAUUGAUAGAAACAAGUAAUAAAGAACAAAAUGCUGGGAGAGAUUUGACUUUAAGUAGAAUAACUUAUAAAAAUCAGAGUUUAUCAAAAUCUGUGUUAGCAUCUAGCAAUAAAAGAAGUCAUGGUAUGUCUGUAAUGAAUUUGAACAAGACACUUGAUAAUCCGAAGACAUCACCCAUUUUAGAGAGAGGUAGCUCGACAUCCAGUGUUGAAAGUUCAGCAACAAAAUGUGGAGGUAUUGAAAGUUCUGUUUCUAACUAUUCUAGUCCUAUCAAACUCAUGUUUUUAUCUGAGAUUAAAAGCAGUGAAGGCGUCAAAUAUACUUUAACUUCAGUCAGCACAUCACAGUCAAAUGCUGAUUUUGAUUCUCACAAACAAAAAACCCAUCAGAUGACUGGAAGAAAAGGAGAAACAAUUGACAUACCAAACACUAGCUGUGAAGAUUAUAGUUCUAAUCAUCAUGAUACUAACCUUCAAAGUGAAUUGAACCAAUUUAACUGUGUACUUGAGGUUACACCAUCAUCUGCAGAGUUUACGGAAAACUUAAACAAUGAUAAGCCACAAGAAGACCCUAAUGGAAAGUCAAAUGGUGCUGUUGACUUACCAUAUAAAAGAAAGCCAGGUAGACCUAAAAAAAUUGGUCCCCAAAUUGUGAAGCAGAUUAAACGGCCAAUUGGAAGACCACCAAAACCUAAAGCUGGUCAAACAGAUGUCAGUGUUUGUCAAAGCAAUUCUUUUAGCCCUAAAAAGGAAAAUUCAGAGUCUUUCAUAUCAGAAGUCAAAGAUGUUUGCAGAAAGAGUAUUAUUGUCACUGUUGUUUAUGGAAGGUCAAGAAGAACCAAGCGAUGUGUUUCUGAAGGAAGCAUGAACAUCAGCAACCUCUCACUGAACAGUGAUGUCUCUGACUUUUCAUUUAACUCUAGUUGUCUCAAAAAUACUAAAGCUCAUGGUAUUGGCUAUGGUGAAAGUCUGAGUGCUGGAUCAAGAUUAACAACUCAAAGUGGGGUUUUUGAUUCUGACUUUGAAUAUGUUAAACCUAUCAAGAGCAACUCUGUGAUACCUCAGACUUCCAAGAACAUUAUUCGACCAAACCAAAAGCCUUUGUCAAUUGUUAGGAAGCCUGGUAGACCUGCAAAAGUGAAAAUUUCUGGUAUAUCUGUGACUGUUAAUAGAAUUUCACCUCAGGAAAGAGAAGUCUGUGUUAGCAGCUGCUUACCUCCUUUAGAUCAGGAGAUAAUGUUAGAGAAAACUUGCCUAGAAGAAAAGCUUGACCAACAUUGCAGUAAUGUGGAUAACAUCAAGCACACCAAUGUUGACUUAUUUAAGAAUGAAUCAAAUAGUACUGUUGCUUCUAUACCUCCGAGACAUUCUGUUAGGGCUAGGAAACCUCCUUUGCAUUUCUUACAUUCAUUUGCAUCUUCUGGCUCACUUACUUACAAAAAUGCUCUCCGUCAUAAAUCAUGUAAACUCCAUUUGCAUAAAUGCAAAAAUCCAAAGAAAAAAUACAGGCAGUCAAGUUUUAGACUAGCUUCCAAAGGUAUCCCAAGAUCUAGAUGUUCAAAGAAAGCAAAAAAAUAUUUGGAAGAUAAAAAAUUAAUGCCUGUGUCUGAAGUGUCCUUGGACCCUGUAAUUUCAUCCAACCCUUUACUAAGGUGGUGGGCUACUUCUGCUUCAAAUGAUUCUUUGUUAGAGGAAUUAAACAAUAGAUUUGAACAAAUAACAAAUGCAUGGGUACAGGUGAGUAAAGAUGAAGCUCAAAAUUUUGUUCAUAAAACAGAAUACACUAAAGGUGAUCAUUUCAAAGCAGCAAGCCCUUUGAAAACUUGUCUUCUAGAACUUGAAGUUUCACCCGUAAAGAUGCUUUUUCAAAAAAAGUAUAAUUUGAAUGAACUUUGUACCUGGUUUAUGCAAACAACAGAAACACAGUCUCUUUCCCUGGUUAGAAAAGCAAAUGCUCGAAACCCUUUGGAAGUGAUAAGCACCACGGGCAUUAAGGUAGGGGUGAAAUGCUGUGGAUUUAAUGCCAACCCCUUCAGGAAGCACUUUAAAAAAUUUGCAGUCUCUUCUCCUUCAAAACCAGCUGGGAAAUUUCAUAUACUACAUAAAAUGGUUGGCUCACCACACUUAAAUGUGAAAAGUAAUUUAACAUUAGCAAGGUUAAAAAGGACUGAGUUUAAGAGUUUGCACUGUGAAAGGUGGAGAAAAGAGGAAAGGCCGUACAACCACAGAACAGUUGAUUGGAGCUCAAAAAGAAGGAACUUAAGAUUGUUCUGCCAGAAUCAAUCUUGGACUAACACUGAGGGGCAGACAAAUGCAGAGACAUCACUCAGUGGGAAAAGCACAGUAGGUAACCAGUGGGUCUCACCCUCGGAACCCAGAGUUGCCUUUGCCAAAAAGAGCAAAUGCUUCAGAGCACAUGCUAAUUUAGAGAGUAAAUUUAAUGGAACAGGGUGUGGCCAGAUUGACUCUGAAAAGGAACAAAUAAUAGAAAGUGUAUCUUCCCAUAAUUGGAGGUCAAAAACUUUAAAAGACUGUAGAAUAUUUUUGAGGAAGAUCAACUGUCUUGAACACAGAAAUACUUUUAAGCUAAAUACAGUAAUUUAUUCUCCUGAAUCUGUUGACAGGGGAGGUAAUCAGGCACAACCAGAAGAAUCAAAGCGUUUUAGUUUAAGGUCCCAUUCUACAAGGCAAAAUUCCUUUAAAAAGCAAAAUGAAGAAAGAGAAAAUCCCAAAGCAAAUAGUCCUGCACAGGAUAGAUUGACUGCUGAACUCAACAGUAGUCAGUUAGGUAAGCACACUAACUUUGACGAGAAGCCCGAUAAUUCUGAGGCUCUUAGCAAAUUAAGCAAAAGAAAAAGACCACCAUGGAAGACCACAGAAAUGUCAGCAAAAAGACAUAAACGACAGUCUUGCAACAGUGGACAAAUGGCAAACUAUUGUACAAAAUCCCAAGUAGGUAAGUUUUUCUCUCCUUAAUUUUAAAGUUUCAUUGUAGGUGCCUUGAGUAAAACUCAAGCUAGUAGGUAGAAAAGGAACAGCUAAUUUGGCUCUAAUUUAUCUCUACAAUGUUUGAACAACUUCAUAUCUUGGCACCUAGUAUGAAACUCAUGACAUUAGGUGCUGCUAGGUGUAGCACACUUAACUGAUGAGCUUCAGCAUUCAAACACAAGCAAAUACAUCUAGAAGAGACGAGAGCAUCAUGAAAACAGGCCAUGAAUGUGUUUGAUAGGGGACUGUGAACAGCUCACUAAAAAUUCACUACUGCAGGCUAAUACUCAAAAAUACCAACUAUAGAAAACAUAAAAGCUACAAUGGUCUCAUGUAGAGACUGUAAAAUUGUAAUCCUAAGGUGUAAAUCCUCAUUAAACUGUUACUCUAUUUGAUGCUGUUUUGAAAACAUACUGCAAGACUGCUUAUUUAGAAGAUAGUAUACUAAAUUUUUUCAGCAAAUAUAUUAAGUGGGCUUCUAUGAAUUAGAGCUCACUGGUGCAGAUAUGAAGAGGAGAUUUCCAUUAUGUAGCUGAGCAAGUCACUGUUAGGGUCAUUUCAAAUUGAGAAUGGAACCAGAAAUUAAGUGGCAGUGAUGUACCUUAUUAAGAUACACUGCCAUAGCUUCAGUACACAAGGGAGAUUCUUGCCCUUUGAAUGUAGUGAUAAUAUGAGCAUGGUAGUUGCCUGAAUAGCCAUUUUCCAUCUGCUUAUUUGAUAGGUACUAAACAGUGAAGGAUAUUAGAUAGGAGAUUUUACAGAGUCCAUCUUCACCAUGAAAGAAUUCCAAGCUAUAUAUUUAGAAAGAAGAAUAUUUUAUGGCUUAUGUUCAUUUUUACAUUUGUAUAACCUAGGGAAAUCUCGGGGACUUAGGGAGGUAUUAGUAUCUUAGUAGUGUCAAUAACAUCAGGUCUCAUUAAAAUAUUAAACACAGUAAUUAAGUUGAAAGUUUUAUAUAGACUUUAUGUGUACCCCCACCCCCAGUUCAGUUAACUGAAUAAUUUUAACAUGCAUAAUCCAGUACUGUAUAACAUAAGAAUGAUAAAAAUUUCAAAUAUCUGGCAUGAUAUGACUAAAUGCUUAAAGGAGGUCAAAGUAGAAUCUCCAUUAUAAAAGGUAGAUGGAAACCAUAAAAAAAUAACUUACUUGUGAUCCUCAAGAAGGCUAAAAAUAAUAUUAUAACAGGUGCUUUAUCAGGAAAAUACCUAAUAGCAAAUUUUUAAGCUCAUCAUUCACCUAAAAUAUGUGUACAGGUUUCAUGAAGAAUAAAAUAUAGUUUCAUUUUACUUGUUUCAUUUUCAUCUCAUACUGUUACAGAUUUUUCAAAAGUAAUUUGCAUUAAUUCAUUUUACAACAGAACUGUAUUUUAUCCUUGUAGCUUCUUACCCAUUGUAUUUUCCUAACAGUCAAACACAGUCUUAACUUUAAUAUUAUUCUUCACCCUGCCAAAUGUAAGAUUCCUAAAAUAGGAAGAUUAAGUAUAUUUAAAUCUUUUGCAAAUUAAUUUUAAAAUCCUUUGUGGGUAUUUUAAAAAUUAGCAUCAUAUAAAAAAAUGUUUACCCCUUCUCCAUUUUAAAAUGUGCCGUGCUGCCGCUGCUCUGCCUGAAGUUCACCGUCUCUACUGAUAACUUUCCUUCUUUAUUUUUAACAUGUUUAACUCAGUGAGAUUAUUAUUUAUAACAAUAUCUGUUAUGUUUAUGUGGUUUUUAAAUGUUUCUUACAGUGUUGUUGUGUUUUUUUCUUUUGCUUUCAUUAUUUUUGGUAGCCCAUGCUUUUUGCCUUUUUGGAAGUUACACUAAAACUCAUCAUUAGUUUUAUAUGUGUUUUUGUUUUUCAUAAAUAAUUAGUGACUGAAGAUGUAAGACUGUUAACUACAGGACUUUUCUAGACAAAUUCUGAGGAGAGUGUAUAUUAUAAAUUUUGAAAUAUUUCUAUUGGUGGAAAAUAAUUGUUUGUAUCCUGAAUGUCUUGCCUCUGUACAUAUUGUCCAGAUGUGAUUUAAUACAUAAGAUCUCACUGCAUUUGCUGCACUCUCUGUUAAAUGUAGACGUGGGAAGAAGUCAAGUGCAGUUCUAUGCUAUUGUAUUUCUCCUUUUGAAGGGAUGGCUACAGUAUGUUCUCAGUGUGGAAGGUCUAGGAAGUUCUAGUUCACCAAAGUGAAAAAAUAUGUACACAUUCAUAGAAAAAUAUUAUUAUUGUUAUUGUAAGCAGGAUACUUCAUGUUGGAAGGAAACAAUGAUUAAUGCCACGGGUUUUGCUCUUAGGAAGCAUAGAGAAGUAUACACUUACUGAAGCCUGAGUCAUGUGACCAGAAAGAAGUUACCUGAAGGAACAUGAAAGAGGGACAUGGAAUUUCAGAUUUAUCCAACACUGUUGGUUAUGUAUUGAGAAUUAUAAGAAUCUCAAAUACUAGAAGAUAACAAGUGGUAUAGGAGGGGUUCAAAUAGAACAAAUUUUGUGCAGAAAAUGUUGGCAAUAAAGCUGGCUCAUUUGGAACAUGGUCAGUCAGAGGUAUAAAGUCUCAGAAGACAGAAUCACUGGGAAGGCACUGUUCAAAUGCUGAGGCAACAUCAAUUAAUCGGGGGAAGGGGAGCAACUAAGCCCUAACAAGAAAGUAGGGAAGAUAAAUUUUACAGAAGUCUUCUCUCAUAUAAUACAUCCCAACUGCAGUUUCCCUCUCCUGACUCUUCCCAGUCUCCUCCCCACCUCCUCUCUUUCAAAGAUCCACUCCUCCACUUCCCUUCAAAAAGAAAAAAAAGAAAAAGAAAAAGUGCAGGCUUCCCAGAGACAUAAACCAAACAUGGCAUAACAAGUUACAAUAAGACUAGGCAAAAACACUCAUAUCAAAGCUAGACAAGGGAACCCAGUAGAAGGAAAAAGGUCCCAAGCUCAGGCAAGAGAGUCAACAACAGCACCCACUCCCACAGAACACCAAGCUACAGGACCAUAACAUGCAGAGGACCUAGCUCAGACCCAUAAAGUCAGUGUCUUAAUAGAAUACGGGAAUGAAGGGAACAUCAGAAUUUUUCCUUGAGCAUCAAGAACAUUUCAAGGGGUCUGGUUUUAGCUUUAAAGGUUUAGAUGAAAUUAGUGGGAUUUCUAAAAACAAUGAUAAAGAAGCAGGUAGGUAAUGUGAGUCCCAUACAGAGAUGAGGCUUGAACUGAGAUAGAUUUGACAAGUCAGAAAAGUUACUGGAGUAGGAGAGAUUCCUCAGUGUAAGAUUGCAGGGUCCUAGGAUUCUAGAGUCACCCGGGGAUGCAAGAAAUAGGUGUGCAUGAAAUGAGACUGAUGAAAGUAGUCGAAGGAUGAGAGAAGCUGGUAGAGUGGGGGAAAAGUCUUAAGAAAGCAGUGUGCUUCAGACAGUCAUGAUGAGCCCUGAGGUGGCUCCAGUAAAUGCAGCAGGAGGUCAUCCUCAUGCUGAGGGAGGGAACACCUGUGUGGAGGAAUAGUCUCAAAAGUCAACUUCAGUGGCAGAUGCUAAGUGGUCAAAGAGGAAGUGAAAAAAACUGCAAGAAAAAGGAAAAAAAAAACAGCAGCAGUGAGUGGUUAGGAGGUAGAAAGGCAGGCUGCAUCUGCUAAAAUUAAAGUGAAUUUGAAAAUAUCUAAAUGUCAAAGGCAGUGAGCAGUAAAAAGACUAAGGGUCUGAAAUGAGAGGGAAGCCCUGACACUGCUUAUUGAGUAUGGGUCUUCGUUCUGGGUGCAGGUUAGGGGGUUAAAACUUGUUCUUGACCAGAAGUUCCUAUUUCUCUUAAAACCAAGUGGGGAAAUAAUGUGUCAGAAUACAAGUCUAUGGGGGAAUCUUGAAAUAUUUAAGUUCAUGUUUUUAUGAAUCAAGAGGUAAUCUGGGUCUGGGAAUGGCUUAGUCAGUAAAGUAUCUGCUAUGUAACAUGACAUGAAUUUAGAGCCCCAGACUCCAUGUUAAAUCUGGCCACACAUGCACACAUCUGUACCUAAGCAUUAAGACAGCAGAGAAGGUGAAUGACUGGAUCUCAUUGGACUCCUGUCGGACUAGCCAGAUUAUGAGUUCCAGUUUCAGUGUGGACCACUACCAUCACAUGCAUGUUCACUAGCACGUACACUCGCCCACAUCCACAUGCACGCACUACACAAACAUGUACAUAACACACACAUAUUCACAGGUUAUGUACCCUAAAGUGCUGUAGAAUUAGGAAACACGAGGUUUGAAUAGCUAUCUCCAGAUAUAUACAACUGAAUAGUGGUGUAUUUUACCCCAGCUGCCAGAGGUUACGAGGGUUCAUCAUGUAUGUAAAUAAGAAGGCUAAAAGAGAUCAGUCCAGUGUGAAUAACAUUCUGUGGGCUAUAAGGAACUGUGUGAUCAAGCUGAAUUAUUGCCACUUUUAGAAAAGUAUAAAAUAGAUGUUAGAGUUGAUAAGGAAAUGAGCAUUCGAUGAGAUGUAGUUUGCAUGUGUAAUGCAAUGCUGGAGCUUGAACCCUGGGCCAAAUACACAGCUUAAAAUGGGCUGUGUGAAGGGCCAGGUGCUGAGGUAAUAUCGACCCAAAUAGACUGUAAUUCCCAGUCAUUUGUACAGACAUUUGUUAAUGUCCAUGUUUCUCAAGUCCAGAGCAGACAUGCCUCUUCCUAAUUGGUAAAUAGCUGGAUGUACAUAUAUGUGAGUAUCUUGGUAAGACUAUACCUCCUAUGGACUUGAAAAUAGUGUAGACUCAUUUAACUCAUCAUUAAUUUUCUUCUAUAAAUAAUCAAGAACUUGGAUUGUCACAUAACUUUCAAAAUAUUCAAUUUGUCAGUUUCUGUUUUGUCUUCUGACCUGAAAAAGUGACUGAAAUGUUUGAUGUAUUUUGGGUUCUUAAUGCUGCUUUUUACAAAAAUCUGUCACUCCUGUGUGAUUUUUAGAUGAUUGACCCUUUGAGCUACCUGAGCCCAGGGCUGAAACUGUAACUCACCCUCUCUCACCUCCUUAGAACAUUCAUUCACUUUGAUGAUUGAACACAAGAUGUUCUAUCAGAUUCGUGGGGCAGAGGUACAUCAUUACAGGAUGGUACUAGACUUUAUUAUAGUUAAUAUAUUAUUUGCUAUCAUAAUUGUCACUUAAUGGAAAAACUCUUAGGUUCAGAGUGGAUUACUUUAACUUUAUUUUGGUGGAGAACUAUUCCUACAUGGCUCAGUCAUAUAAACUUGCAAUACAAGCGUGCAGAGGUGGAUUCUAAGGAACACCAGCUGCGAUGGCACUCUCGUGUGCAAGGUACUCUCCACCAAAUAUGGCUGGAGUGGAUUGUUUCUCCUCUUGUUUGCCCUUAGGCACAGUUCCUUUCCAGCAUGUUAAAUUGCAUUUCCUAAACUUUUUCUGUCACUUUUUCUAUCCAAACUUGAAAGCACUCCUUUAUAGAGUUUUCUGAUAAGAGUUUCAGAAAAGAAUGUGACUGUAAAGAUAAGUUAUGUGCUGUAUUUAACCCUGUUCUGCAUAAAAUAAAAAAGUCCAAAUGACAAAGGGCUCUGUCACGUGCCACAGUAAAGGAAAGCUAUGACAAAUACCAUUAAGAGCAAGAUAAUCACAUCCUAGACCUGAUUUUGCUUUUUAGAUGUUAGCUCAGAUGACUUGACUAUUGCAUCUUUGAUAGAUUAUAGCUAGAAAACAUAAAUUUAUGCCUAGUUAAAUAAAAGAUUAAAAUGCGU